AUGAUUGCCUCCGCUACAUCUGGAAAUAUGUCGGGUUACCAGCAAACACCAUCAUAUGGAAAUUUUGACCCUCGUUGGUCAAGUAGCCAACCUGUUGGCUACGACCCAAAUAUGCCCUAUCCUCCAUACGACAUGGAGCAGCCGUAUAUUCCUCCUCAGGAUCCCCAGGCGGUAUAUGGUGCGAAUGUUAGCUAUUUUACUACAGGGGAUCCGCGUUACUUACAAUCACAGGCGUAUCUAUUGCCUCAAUCUGUGCCGGCUCGUCCACCAGCUACAUAUCAACGACCCACUGACGCGCCGGAACCGGAAAAAAUACCAGACGCGAUGGACAUUGACGCGAGGGAAGAAGGCGAGCUGAGCAGCUGCGAGGAAAUUGUUGAACAAAGAAGCCCUAACGCUGAGAGACCUUAUGCACCUUACGCGCAGCGCUCUGGAAACGUAAGGCAAAGUGGCGCCGGUUUAAAUGCACACAUUAACGAACCGCAGCCCAAGUUAACCUCAACCAACGCACAUCGACCAGUGCAAGAUAGCCUAGAAAAAGCUAAACCCGCGAAGGAGGAUGCACAUGUGAGCCCGUUAGCUGGGAAAUCUCCGUCUCAAUUGAAAGCACUUGCUCAGGGAGCGUUAUUGAAUCUCGCGCCACACAAGAUUCGCUAUAAUGAGUUGGUUCGAGAGGGGAUAGACCCCAUCGUUUUGAAGAGCUUAUAUGAUGAAAUCGGGAUAAAGAUCACUGUUGAGCCAACCAGCAAACCUGCUGGAGUUGCUCAAGGCCCAGGCGAGCCCAAAACAUCAGAUACCCUUCCUUCCUCUCUUACUACAAAACCCAUUGCACAGGCAAAACCUGCAACCAAACAACCGAGUGGUCAGGACGCGGAUGCUAAUUUUAACAAACCCAUGGAGCGUAAAGAUGUUAUUGCUCGUAUGUUAGCCGCAAAAGCUGCUAAGUCUACCGCGUCUUCGGCACCUACGGCCAAAAUUACGAAAUCAGAUCAGACUACCACUUCUUCGUCCCAGCCAACUAAAAUGGCGAUCAGGAGUCUUAAUGAUGACUCCACUCAAUCAGCACAGACUUCAGCACAAGAUGCUCGCGAGGAAGUUAGAGUGAAAGAGAAGAACAAAGCACAGACGGAAUUAGCUAGGCAACGCAUGGAACAACUUAAAAAGCUUGGGCUUGGAAAAUCAACAUCUCAGAUCCCUGGCCUCACUUCUUCUCCUUCAACAUCCAAUGCGGAUACUCCCGUCUCAACUGCUCCACAAGAAUUACCUUCCCUAUCGCAUCCUUUACCUGAUCGCCCUCCACUUUCUGGAAUGGCAGUACCGACACAAAUUCCUGGGCUUGUUAUGACAGGGCCUGACUCUCACAAUAUGAAUGACUCGAUUUCUACUGGGAAACCCCAAGAUACCCUAAAAGACAAAGCAGAAACUCCUCGCGCCCCAAGGAAACGCCCGAGGGCUUCGGAUUUUACGGAUGACCCUGAUGAAACACAAGCAAGGAAACAUCCAUUAUCAGGACCGCGUUCUGCCAGCGCCGAACAGAGAGUUAUCAUUGAUAUCAGUGAUGAUGAGGCAAUGUAUGGCUCAGACAUUGAAACUGGAGGAAUACCCAAUACUACAAAUACUUCACAUCCUAGCCGUUCUACAAAAUCUACAACCCGCGAGUUACCGCCGUUGCCUGAUUUUCCACCAAGGAGUCGCAGUUCCCAUCGUUCUACUCCUGUGUCUAUAUCAAAUACUCCUCCAAACCCUGCUAACGGCCUAAUACAGAAAAAUAUGGAGAUACUGGCAAUGCGACAAAAAAUUGCCGAACUAGAGGCGCGCCGCAUUAAAAAGCAAGCGUCUAGCCAGAAUCAAAGUUCCGGGUCUUCGAAUGCGUCAGCUGGCAUAACUUCCGAUGGAAUUUUACAGGAAACUGAAAAUUCAUCAUCUGAACUCGAAAAUGUUCAAAAAACUCCGACUCCCACCGUUGAGCAGAGCACGAGCGGAACUGUUGAACCAACCUCCGCUAUGAGUUCUGUGCGCGAUGUCUCCACCCCGCAACCAACUCUGGGUUCUAACCGCGCAGAAGAACUACGGCUGAAGGCUUUGCGUCGAAAGGAAAUUGAAUCUGGACUCCCACUUCUGGACGCUGAACUACUCAAAUCAGAACAGAGAUUGGCUGAAUUUCGCGAGCAAGAAAAGCGACUUAUCGAGGAAAUUGCGAAAGGCCGAGAAGGCAAACGCAAGCUGAUUGAGGAACUUGAGGGCCUGGGGAUCGAGACUGAGGGCUUUUCAAUGACAGAGCUCAAGGAAAUAUCGUGUGAAGUUGCAAGUGGUAAUGGGAGCAAACAGGAGGUUCCAGUAGCCAAAAUGGCCACAAACCAAGAUAUACAAAAACCUGAAGUUGGGUCUCCAGCUGACACCAAAGAAGGCCCCCGCACAGGCAUCCCAGGUUUAACGGAAGCGCGUCGCAGCAUCGAAGACCAUUCUAAUCAGAAAGAAAGGGAAGCACUUGAAAUAGGCAGUGUGCAGGACGCGGUAAUGGACGAUACUUCUUCUUGUGAACCUCAGGAAACUAGGGAAGGUUCUUAUUCCAGUUCCGCUAUGGAUGAAUCCAUGGGAAGCUCGGAGGAUGAAUCAGGUGAAGAAUCGACCUCACUAGCUAAAUCCACUCCAUUGGGCAGUCCUUAUGGCGAUGAAAUGGUCACCACACGGGAGCCGUCCCUCUCAACGGAGGAUAAAAUCAUGGAGCCUCUAUCGCCGGGUCUAGAUAAUAACGGCAAACCCCAAUUCACUCCUCGGGAAGAAUCCGUUACGUCUGAGGGAUAUGAGCCACCCGAGCCUGACACCCUGGAAAGCCCUCCAUUCAGUCCCGCCCCCCCUCAGCCCAUAGAACCAAUAUCUAUGGAGACAAGACCUGCUGCACCUGAAGAUCCAGAUGCGCAUACGCUAACUCUUAGUGAACAAGAAGCGGCCUGCCCAGCUGUUCUGGAGCCCUCCACGAAUGAUGCUGACGCUCCCUCGCAUCAGUCCACUUAUCGUUUCAGCCCUUACCGUAGUCCAUUGAAACUCUUUAGGGCAUACCGCUACCAUCCCGAUUUCACAAAUCAUACAAGUGGUGGUUUUCGCUCUUUGACUUAUAGUCACAAUAUUGAUCCGCACAAACCCUUAUGUGACCUUGAGAUUGCCGGUGGCGUUUGUGACGCUCCCUCCUGUGGUUUUCAACACUUUCGUGACAUGAAUCUGAGUGAUGACAAAAUACUCGUUGAAAUGGGUUCUUUACGAGAAGGAAAAACCCCAGCUGAACGAGAAGAGUACGUAACAGGGCUUAGGCAAAUCAUCAACGAUAUGAGGCGUGAUAAGGUGAAAGACUUUUCCAUCGUUGCGCAAGAGAUUGCGGCAUAUCGCCGACGCUUCCUCCAGGAUCCUUCCCGAGUUUUAGCUCUGUAA